AUCUUCGAUCGUUUGUGACAGAUCUCCUGUUCCUCUUCGGCCCUUCCUGUUUCUCGGUAUUGACAGCACCAACCCGGUGAAAACUUGUCGGUCCCUCUCUCUCUCUCUCGAUCUCUCUCUUUAAACUUGGUGGGGGCGGUGGAUCUGCUGCCCUUUCACACACCACCGUCAUCAAAUCGAUAGUUGAGAAGCCACACGCGUUUUCCUUGACGCGAGAAAGAAGAAGCAUGUGGUGUGCUUCGAGAGAUUGGUGAGAUCUAGCUUUUGAAGUAGUGUGUUGCCUGUGUUAGUUGCUUUCCUUCUUAAUUCAGAGAAGAUAUGGCGAGACAGCAAGUUUCCUGCAACCCCAACCUCUUGAAAUCGUUGGUGGUGCUGUUGGGGUUCUGCCUUACCGCCUACAUCUUGGGUCCUCCUCUUUACUGGCACCUGGCGGAGGGAUUCGUUGCUCUCUCCCGAACUUCUUGCGCUCCCUGCGUCUGUGAUUGUGCCUAUGAGCCCAUACUUUCCCUUCCCGCAGGUUUCAGCAAUGCAACUUUUACAGACUGUGAAAAGAAAGAUCCUGAUGUAAGUGAAGAGAUGGAGAAAAACUUUGUAGACCUCCUGUCAGAAGAAUUGAAGUUACAAGAAGCUAAUGCAUUGGAAAACCAACAGCGAGCAGACAUUGCUCUUCUUGAAGCUAAGAAGCUGGCAUCCCAAUAUCAGAAAGAAGCAGAUAAAUGUAACUCAGGGAUGGAGACAUGUGAAGAAGCGAGGGAAAAAGCAGAGACUACCCUGGUUGCACAAAAGAAGCUAACAGAAUUAUGGGAACAAAGAGCUCGUCAAAAGGGAUGGAAAGAUGAGAUGGCGAAAUCCUAAGCCCGCAAGCACAUAAAAGAGCACAAACACGAGUUAGAGGUCCCUACUGCUGCAGGUGCCUAAAACGGAUAUUCUCUUAUCGUGAAUUUGAUGGAGCAAUCAGUUACCCAUGAAGGGAAGCGACACGUUGAGUUUGGCACUUUCUGCAUUUCAAAGAGAUCAGUAAGUGCAAGGACCUGUUUCAUUAUUAGUAGAUCUAAAUCAGAUAGUCAUUCAAUCAGCAAGGCCUUUUCCUUUCGUCCCUUUAAUUCCAUACCAUAAUUAUGUGGAUUCGAGUGCUGAAUGUGCCGAAUUUAGAUUGCUUUGGUUUUUCCGUUCACCCUCCUCUAUGGUUGUUGCGGCUUCGUGGACUCGUGAUUAUCCAAAACAAGCACAUAAAAUGUGUGUGAUUCCUAUUCUCAAA